AUGAAUGAAUCAAUUCAAUUUGAGGAUACGGCGAAAAUUGAGGUUCCGACCACCUCUCAACCCCACCAUGCGACGCUGCUAUCGGAUUCAGAUAUCGCGAAGGCUACCACCGGAUCACCAACGACUUCUAUGCUAGCCGCCAACCCAAGCUCACCUCCAACCUCUUUCAAUACAAGUAGCGCACCAGCACCUGCCCCCAAGAACGUUGAGCGACCGAGGUAUAGCUCUCCACCGCCUCAAUCCUCGAUUACGCCGCCUCCGUCAUCGCAAGCUCCAAAGCGUCAGUCGCCAAGCUCUGCCUUUGACCGCGAUACGACUCCAACUCAUGCCAUAUUCUCUUCACCACCGCCAACUGUCUCGUAUAACAGUAAACGAGGGGCCGGCAGGCCAUUACCUAUCCCAGCGAGCCAUAUAGCCACUGCGUCUGCUGCUGAACUGCACGCAUCGCUUGAGGCCGCUCUCAAUGAGAACUCAAGGCUAGAUGGAGAAGUCCACGAAGCCCGUAUGGCAGCUGCGCAUUACAAAUUGCAGCAUAGCCUUCUAGUAAUUGAGACAGAGGAAGCAACAAAGCGCAUGGAGGUGGAGCACGAGAUGACUAGACGCGAAGUGGAGAUUCUACAGGCUACUGAGAUUUCUCGCCGAGAAGCAUCAUCGCAGCCCCCAGAGCAGCCUUCAGCCAGCGCUCGCUAUAUUGCCGAGAUGAAGGCAUACUGUGAAUCCAUGGAACAGGAGAACGCUCUCAUUAACCGACGGCUCAACCGCGCCAAGGCAAUCAUCGCAGAGAAGGAAGAGGAUAUCAGCGACCUUUUGUCCGAAAAUCACCGCUACGUUGGACGCAUCCGCGAGAACCGCGAGCACAUGCGUCUUCUCAGGUCACCAGGGGGGCUCUAUGCGCCUGCCACGACACCUCGGACUCAAUCGCAAAACUUCCCAACUACCCCACAAUACACUCGGCCUACGCCAAAACACACCCCGCACUCGAUCCGUCAGCACGACAGCCAGGACUCUUUCGCAACUCUCCUCCUUGCUGACCGCGUUCUCAACGACCAAAACUCGGCACCUUCAACACCAACUAGCACACGCUUUACGCACAGGACCAAUAGCCACGUGAAGCAUAGCAGAAACGUUCAAUCCCUGUCGUCUCUCCCUUCAACGCCCUUGCGAAACUCGAGUCAAUCGCAGCACCUCCUUCCUUCGGUCCAAUUCGUCCCACAGUCUGAGCCACGCUACCGCACAAACCAGGAUUUGUUCUCGCCUGCACAGCCCGCGCGCACGGCGCUCCCCCAUGGGCGCACUGAGAAGCGCCGAAAGAGUCGGGACUCAACGAUCUCAGCUUCGGAUGCGGAAGAGCUAGCAUCUUACGCCCAUCCACAGGCUCAUCCGUCGCAAGAGACUAGACAUAGCGAUGACACGGAGGAACAAGAGAGCGACGAUGUCCAGGAGAGCCAAGCAAGCGCUGCGGCAUCAGCUAUGCUGCGCCGCGAUCCGAGGGAGAGCUUUGAGGUUGCUGCGAGCCCAGGGUUGAACGAGGCGACGGAGAAGGGGGCACUGUUACAGGCGAAGAUUUUUGGAAGCGUGACGAAGGGUGCGAGUGUGCCGAAGAGGAAGAGGUUGCCCGACGAUGAGGAGGUGAGAGCUAAGAAGUUAAGGAUGGCGGCGGGAGAGGGUGUCGGGUUGGGGAUUUAUGGGGCAUAA